AUGCUUAACAUCGAUAAUAAUAACUAUAUUAACAAAAUUUAUGGAAAAUCAGCUGAUCUCACUGAAUUACUUGAAGAAGGUGAAUCCGAUAGUUAGGACAGCUAAGAAGAAUCAAAUGAAGAAUAAGAGGAUGACAAAUGCUAAAGAAGACACUAUAAAUUCUAAAAUGAAUCUAAAUAAUAUUGUAAAUCUGUUUACAAGGAAAUAAAAUUAUAAAAAGCUAAUGAUGUAUAUAUUUUUGAAUAAAAUCCUUAAAUAACUAAUAAAUUGUUGACUCAUAAAGAAAAUUAUAUCAUAUAUGAAAGAAAAGACAAUCUUUUAAAAGCUAUAAACAAGAUAAUGCUUUUCUAAGAGCAAAAUAAUCUAAUUGACUACCAUCCAAAUAUAAAUUCUCUAAGUGGAUAAAUCAAAGAGUUAGUGGAUAAUGAAAUGAAAAAUUAGAAAAACAAUUACUAUCCAUAUAAAAAAGAAAAAAAAUAAUAAAACACUGCAGAUAUUGUCAAGAUUAGAAACAUUAUUCACCAAUCCCUAUAGCCUUACCAUAAGGAUUUUAUUAAAUCUGAUAAGAGUAAAUAAAUUGAAGACUAUUUUAAAGAAAUUAAAGAGUAUCAAGGAAUUGAUCAAUGGGGAAAAUAAUAUAAAGCUUCUUUGUCCGAGUUUCUAUGGCUUCCUGCUGUUUUCAAAUACUCUUAAUAAAAAAAAAUGUAUGAAAUUGAAGGUAAAUUAUUUGACCCUUUAGAGAAAUGCCCUGAUCUUAAUGAACUCAAAUUAGAAUUAAAUCAUUUAAUGACUUAUUUCUCUACACCUCUUCAAUAGACACAUGAUCAUUUUUAAGAGAUAGAUUACAAGAUUUCAAAUUAAUACAAUUACAAAAGAAUCAAGAUAUUAGAUAAUAAAAGCGAGGUUAAUUUCUCUGAAAAAGUACACGCUAUUGUUAAAAUAAGUGAAAUUGAAAUAGCUCCUAACAGUACUUACUCUGGUUAAUGGCAUGUAGAAGGUUUUUCAUCAGAUAACAUCCUCUAUACAUGUCUAUAUGUAAUAGAGCAUGAUGAAAAUCUAGUUGAUGGAAAACUGAAAUUCAAAAGAACUCCUCACUCAGAUGAUGAUCCUUGUGGAGGAGAAUAAAGUUAGUCUGCUCAUUAAUAUUGUCCUAGCUAUGAGUAUUUAUGUGAUCCUCAUAAAUUAAUUCCUUUAGGUUCACUUGACAUCAAAGAAAAUUUGAUGAUUAUUUUCCCAAACCAAAAUAUCCACAAAGUAAAGGGAAUCAAGAAUGUAACAGAUAAACCACUUAAAAGAAAAAUUGUUGUAUUUUUUGUGGUUAAUCAUGAAGACUAGCCUUUCACAAUUAAUGACGUAGAGUUCACAAAACCUUUAUAGUUCAUAAAGGAAUAUAGACUUAGAGAUAUGUAUGAGAGAUCUCUAAAUAAGUAAACUGAGGCUUAAUCAUUCAACUAUUGCGAACAUUGA